UUUCGAAACGGAUUUAAGAUAAGCCGUUUUUCUUAGUAUAUAACCUAAUGACGUCCUCUUUGCUAACACGCAGGAACAAGUAAAUUAAACAGGCUUUAUAAUAUAUAUUAUCUGUUCUGACCAAGUUUUAUUGUGCUAGUUGCAGGAUCAAACGAUUGUUGCAAUGGCUAACGAGUACCUAAUCAAGAAAUGGAGAUUGUGGUUCAAGGCACUUGAUAGAAAACAUGCAGGACAACUCACACGAGCCGAUCAACGAAGAGACGUAGACGCCUAUAUUAAGCUGACCGGUCUGGAAGGAGAAAGCAGAACUGACGCAAUAACAUUGAUCAAUUCUUAUUGGGACGAGUUCGUGUUCCAUGGUAAAUCCGGUCCUGUAACUGAGGAACAGUUCAUUGAAAUGACCAAAGACCGCUUCAGGGCUGGGGAGGAUACAUUUAUGGAGGUCUACAGAAAGGCAGUGAUUGCUGAUGUCAAAAUGAUCGACCAAGGCGGAAAAGGUUACAUAACAGAGGAAGAAUUCACCUGUACCAACAAGUCCAUGGGAUUGGAAAAUGAAGCGUGGAAUAAAAUGUACUACAAUGCCUUCAAUCCUAAAAAUGGCAAAGUUCCAAAUGUUGUCAUUUCUGAUGCAUGGGUGGAUUUUUAUUUCAAUGAAGAUAGCUCAACGAGGGAUGUCGUGCUAGAUGUGUUUGAAAAGUAUCCAGAUCUCUAACUCUAGUGAGCGAUCAAGUACAUGUACCAUCAUGGCCCUCUUGCUUAAGUCAAUAUAUAUUUUUUUGUAUAAAGAUUUUUAUCCGAUAUUUUCAUAAAUUGUGUUUGAUAGUAAUUUUGUUACAUGUUAUCUAUAUUUUGACGAAUGAUUUCGAUAAUAAAUAGGUCCAAGACGACAAAUAGGGUUACAUCCGGAAAGAGCCGUUUCGAUUGAUUUUGUUUUUAUUAGAUCAUAUUAUAAUGUAUCUAUAAACAGAAUGUUUAUCUACGUAAUGAUUAAUAUUAAAAGAUAAUGGUCAAUAAACUUGUGAUGCUCA